CUGCCCUCCAUCGAUACCACUCGUCUCGAACUGUUCGCUAGCCGCAGAUCAAAGCACCAACCAACCAAGAAUCACCAUGAAGUUCCUCAUUGUCUUCGUCGCCCUCUUCGCCCUGGCUCUGGCCGCUCCCGCCGAGGUUGAGAUCCUGAAGCAGGCUUCCGAGGUCGGACCCGAGAGCUUCUCCUAUGGCUAUGAGACCAGCGAUGGCGCUAAGGCUGAUGCCGCUGGUGAGCUGAAGAACGUUGGAUCUGAGAACGAGUCCCUCGCCGUCCGCGGAUCCUUCUCCUUCGUGGCUGAUGAUGGCCAGACCUACACCGUCAACUACAUCGCCGACGAGAACGGAUUCCAGCCCCAGGGUGCCCAUCUGCCCGUUGCCCCCGAGGCCUAAGUCAAACCUCCUACAAAACUCCUUGUUAUUUCCCACAAAAAAUACCUAAUUCCGUUUGUGCUUUACCUCUCGUGGUAAAGAUUCCUGAGCCAUAGAACGCAGUUUGUUGAAUAUUAAAAAAUGAAGAAUUGA